AUGCGUCAAUUCGAGCCGCCUGCCUAUGAUGGCCACAUCUUCGACACCGAUUCCCUUCGCAUCCCUCCAAACGAGGAGACCUGUCUGUUUUGGAUGACAGAACAUCCGCUUCCGCACGCACACUUCAAGCUUGGGGACAUCUUUCAGUUACAGCUAUACGACGGGCCCAACCAGAUCACAGCAGACGUGCAUUUCCAGCGAGCCAUCUACAACAAUGUCGACGAUGUGAUUGUCAUCCUUGCUACUCUAGCUCCUCCCGCUUCACUCCGCCGAGGUCACACCAAGCUUUUCCGAUACUUCGCCUACGAGCACUACGCCAUGCUCUCUAUGGUUCUCAAGAGUGAAGGUCUCCCACUCGCCGAAGAUCCAUGGCAUUAUAUUCCCAUUUUCGUACCUGCCGACCACCUUGGACGUACACAUCAGGACUUGCGUACGAGCACCCACCCCAUCGGUCACGACCGUCUCUACGCUGCAAAUGGCAUUAAGCAGAGCAUGCGUCGCUUCACACUUCCUUACGACGAUAUCCGCGGACAUUACCCCGACCCCUUUCCGGUCACAGGACUGCUUCAGUACUCGACAAUGUACGAAUCUGGAUCUGAGGUCGAUCUGCCCAUUAGGCCGCAUCCCCAUUGGACGGAUCGACCCACAUCAGACAACUUCAAAGAGGAUGAGUCAGACUCAGACUCGUUGUCGGGUGGACAGCACUCAUCGUUGGGUGAACAGCAUCCGUCGUCAGGAGGACAGCACUCGUCGUCGGGCAUACAGCACCCGUUGUCGGGAACACAGCACUCAUCGUCGGGUGUACAGGGCUCGUUGCCGAGCAUACAUGAUUUGUCAUCGGGCGUACAGCAAUCGUUGUCGAGCGUACAGGACUUGUUGUCGGGCAGGGAAGAUUAG